UCUGCUGCUGAGGAGACACUGAUCCAGAGAGGAGCGUUUAAUGCCUUGGAGAUCGCUCUGCACAGGAUGGCUGACUGCAUCAGUGACUUGUGAGAGGAGAAGGGGACAAACAUCUCCAUCUGGAGACUAUUUAUGUUUACCUUCUCUUUGCUGUAGUUGGUGCUUUCUCUUCAACUUGGGGUGAUGUCCCAGUGCUGGUGCAGGCAGGUCCUGCUCGGUGUGGAACUGGGCAUACUGGUGGCGGUACUGGUGGCCGGCAGUGCAGGACAGGUCCAUGACAGGAGGGAGGCAGGCUCGUCCUGCUAUGGAGGAUUUGACCUGUACUUUGUUCUGGACAAGUCUGGCAGUGUGCAACAUUACUGGAAUGAGAUAUAUUACUUUGUUGACCACCUGGCUCACAAGUUUAUCAGUCCUCAGCUGCGGAUGUCUUUUAUUGUAUUUUCAACAGAAGGAAGGAUCCUCAUGGGGCUAACAGAAGACAGAGAGCAGAUUCGAGCUGGACUGGAGGAGCUCCGCAUGGUGCAGCCAGGUGGAGACACCUACAUGCACAGAGGCUUUCAAAGAGCCAGCGAGCAAAUAUAUUACGGGACUGGAGAUGGUUUCCGGACAGCCAGUGUCAUUAUCGCCCUGACGGAUGGUGAACUGAGAGAAAAUCAGUUUGACCUGGCACAGAGAGAGGCAAGCAGAGCACGCCAGUUGGGCGCCACUGUGUACUGUGUGGGAGUUAAAGACUUCAACGAAACACAGCUUUCAACGAUAGCCGACAGUAAGGACCAUGUCUUCCCAGUGAAUGAUGGAUUUGAGGCGCUACAAGGUGUCAUUGACUCGAUCCUAAAGCGAUCAUGCAUUGAAAUCCUGGCUGUAGAGCCCUCCAGCAUUUGUGAAGGAGAAUCUUUCCAGGUGGUAGUCAAAGGAAAUGGGUUCCUUCACGCCCGAGACGUACAGAAAGUUCUCUGCAGCUUUCGCAUCAACGACACAGUCACUUUGAUGAAAAGACCGUUGGUGGUGAGAGAUACAUACCUUUUGUGCCCAGCUCCCGUUCUGGAAAAAGAGGGAACCUGUGCCACUCUUCACGUGAGCAUGAAUAACGGCCUGAGCUUCAUAUCCAGCUCUGUCACCAUUACUGCAGUCACUUGUUCUGAUGGGACCUUCGUGGCCAUCGCUCUGCUCAUCCUGAUGCUCCUGCUCACCAUUCUUCUGCUGUGGUGGUUCUGGCCUCUCUGCUGCACUGUGGUCAUUCAUGAGCCACCUCCUCCAGUAAUAGAGGACAGCUCUGAUGAUGAGGAUGGUUUUCCCAAGAAGAGGUGGCCCACAGUGGAUGCCUCGUACUAUGGAGGACGUGGAGUCGGAGGCAUCAAGAGAAUGGAGGUCCGCUGGGGAGAUAAAGGCUCCACUGAAGAAGGAGCCAAACUGGAAAAAGCUAAAAACGCUCGAGUUGUGAUGCCUGAGGAGGAGUUUGAUCCACCACGACCUUACUACUACAACUCACACAAAUCCAACCGCCCCCAGGAGUGGUACUCUCCCAUUAAGGGCAAACUGGAUGCUUUGUGUGUAUUCCUGAGAAGAGGCUACGACAGAGUGUCUGUGAUGCGACCUCAUCCUGGAGACAAGGGCAAGUGCAUAAACUUCACCCGAAACAAAUCCUACCCUGCUCCUCGCUACCCCAUCUACAACCAGCCCUCCACGCCGGUCUACACUUUGCCCCACAGCUACCGGAGGCGUCCGUCAGAGGGCAGCCAGAGCUUCAACUUGCCCCCUUCACCAACUUCAACGCUCCCCCCUCUGCCGUCCACUCCUCCCCCAUCCUCCACGACCCCUCCCAUGUACACACCGCCUCCGAACAGAGCCCUGCCUCCUUCCAACAUGAGCUCAAUCUCUGCACUCCCGUCUCCAACCGGCUCCCUACCGCCUCCACCUCAGGGUCCGCCCCCAUGCAGAGCGCCUCCUCCGUCACGCCCUCCUCCACGCCCCAAUCACGAGGACCUCUAAUGAUUGAAAAACAACAAGUUAAAGGAGAACGUUCCAAGCUUCAAGGUUUUCAGAAACCUUAAAAAAUCUCCUCACUGUGCUUCAGUGACUGGAAAAUGUUGCCUUUCGAGGCUUCAGCUGAUGAUUCGACUCCUGCACAGUCUGUUCUCAACAUGUGGCUCAGGCAUGAUGUGCCACAGACUAUGACUUUUUUUUCUCGAAAGUGAAUAUUUAGUGUAGCGAGCACAGCUUUGGCUAGUCAUGCUAUUGAAGUUAAGCAUUUUUACAUACACUUUGGUCAAGCAUUGCGAUGUGCUUUAGAGUUGUAUAAACUUGCAUUUAAGGCUGUGCCUAAUGUGACUCUUUUGAUCUUAAACGACUCUUUUACUGCUUCCUGCAGUGAAAAACAAUACGUUUUAACAGCAGAAAAUCCAAAGGUUCAGCAUCUGCAUCAUGUGUUUUAUACAUGUAAGUCUGUUUGGCACGUGCUGUCUUGGAAAAUGUAUAUUUUGUGAAUAAAUACUCAUUUAACCACAGAAA